CCUUGUGCUCCCGCCAAGCCAUACAUCGAAUCUAUACAACGACAGACGGUGUGUGACUCAUUGAGUAUCGAGCGCCUCCUCUGAGCCAACAUGGACUGCUCCGCCAUGCCCGAAGCUCUACCUGUAGACUUGACCGAGCUCAAAAGACCUGCUCUCGUUCAGCUCUGCAAGCAAUGGGAUGUCAAGGCGGUAGGCAAGAAUACCGACCUGGUGGAGAAAUUGAUGGACGCCCAGGCCCAGAGAAUGAACGGUCACGAGGCCGCCAGCUGUGACCCAGCUACAACAGACGAUGACACUUCAAUGUCUGCAUCAAGCUCGGCCGAGCCAUCUCGGGACAGCCUUACCACACCUCGCCUCCCAGAAGCCGCUCUCCCGGAGAGCGUCGCGUCUCUCGAGGAGGCUAAUUGCACGAUGCCCGGGGCCUUCACGGUCACUUCGCCGCAUGCCUCUCCCUCCAAGCGCCAGCGUUCACCUUCACCUCAAAGCCACAGCGAAGCUAUGGCGCCGGCGGAAGCAGCGGCAGUCACUUCUUCCUCUUCUCCGAGGAGACUUGCUGGUCUACCUCGCAAGUCCGUAGCCCCUGCUACCUUCGCCUAUAUACCUCCGCUCCCAGUCAGCAAAAUGGAGGCAAGCACGGCCUCCCCCGGCCUAUACCCAGCACUGCCCUCUGUAGGUACGGAGGGCGCCGAGAAUGCCCAACAGGAAUCUUUGGCGACGGAUGACAGCGUGCCCAAAUUCACAUUCACCUGCCCGCUUGGAAGCACUUCCGCCUCCUCAUCAAGCUCGCUCACGGCUUCAGCAAGCGUUCUGCAGCAGCUCAAUGCUCGCCUCGCGGCUUCAGGUGUACCGCCAGCAACACUGACCUCAUCCUCGAUGCGACCAAUGCUAUCUAGCUCGCCCUCAGCAUCGUCUCUCAUCAGGAGCAAAAGUAGCAAUGAUUUGGCGGCACCCAGGGGCGCCGAGAGGUUCGAGCGAGCGCACCAAAAGCAAUGGAGCAAGACCGGUAGUAUCGCCGAGCACUGGAGCCUGGAAAAGAAAGCGAAGGUCGAGGAGGGGUCGUCGAAUAGGUUUAUUACCGGGCUGAGCAAAGGAGCUGCCGGCAAGGGUACCCGAACUGAGAGGCACGGCGCGAGUAGCGGCGUGACGACCGAAGCGAAAUCCGAGGCUGAUACGGCGCCCACCGCCCGAAAAAGCUCGCCUGCAGCGACAGCAUCAGACGCAAACACAAAGACAGCUUCUGGUCGACGGCCUCUGCCAGCACUGGUCGUUCGCAAGCCUCGCUCAUCACUUGGCUCUGCAAUACUCUCCAAAGGGACGAUCAGAAAGCCCUACGCCGCGAAGCUGUAUGAAAAGAAUAGGUCAAGAAACGUGUGUGAGCCCCGCAUGGCACAUGAGGCCCCAAAAGGAAAGGGGCCAGUUGCCGAUGCAAAGGCACACCAUGAGUCUGUGUCCGCUCUGCUUCCGACACACAGCAAGGAGAAUGCGCUCUCUCUGCCAAGCGUCUACAAUGGUCUUCACAAGCACGACAGCGCGAAACCAUCCGUCCCCGCCUUGAGCGCAAAGCCAGCGCAGCCAGCAAGCUCUUCCGCUGCCACUCCAUCCUUGCCUACCUCCUCGCGAUCGACAGGCCCCUCCUCAUUCCAUCCUUACGCCAGACCUGCACAGUCACAAGCCAGGCGGCCGGGUGCUCCGAGCACGCCAGCUUCGCUGAAUGCUGUCAGAGUACUCGAAACGAAGAGGCGAGCGGCCGAAGAAAGUCGCAGGAAGAUUGUAGAAGCAAGGGCUGCUGCUGCUGCCGGCAAGAGUGUAGCAGUCAAUGCUCUCGCAGCGAAGUAGUGAAGGAAGGGGAAGCGGGCUCUAGUCUGCUUGCGAGGGGGAGAUCGCAUGAACCGGCAAGCAGAUCAGGCGUGCCAUUGUAACAGUAUCCAUUAUACCCCAUCUUUGCUAACAAGCU